AUGAUUGGUGGGCGGGUUGUAAUUUUCUGCACACCCAAUGUUUCUCACUGUGUUUUUUCCUUUCCAGGCAAUGACCACCUGGUGCUACUGACUCUGGGAGGUAACCUCUAUACCCUGGGCUGUGGGGAGCAGGGGCAGCUGGGCAGAGUCCCAGAGCGCUUCAGCAACAGGGGUGGAAGAGAAGGCCUGGGACGCCUCUUGGUGCCCCAGCCUGUCCGGAUUAAAUCUGGUCGGAAAGUCAAGUUCCAGGAUGUCUUCUGUGGAGCCUACUUCACCUUCGGCCUCACCAAAGAUGAUCGAGUGUUUUGCUUUGGACUCUCCAACUACCAUCAGCUUGGGACUCCAGACACCAGCUCAGUCUUCAUGCCGACUGUCAUGACAGCCUUCAAGAAAUCGACGGUGACCUGGACAGGGUUUUCUGGAGGACAGCAUCAUGCUCUCUGUCUGGAUUCAAAUGGCCAGGUGUACAGUCUGGGUCGUGCAGAAUACGGGCGCUUGGGCCUGGGGGAAGGAGGGGAGGAGAAAUCGGAGCCCACCGCUCUUCCUGAACUGACAGACGUAGAGACGGUAGCCUGUGGAUCAUCGGUUAGCUUUGCCGUCACCAGGAACGGCCGUGUCUUUGCCUGGGGGAUGGGUACCAACCUGCAGCUGGGGACAGGGGGGGAGGAGGAUGAGUGGAGACCCGUGGAAAUGACUGGGAAACAACUGGAGAACCACACAGUACUGUCUGUGUCCAGUGGGGGGCAGCAUACAGUCUUGCUGGUCAAAAACCUGUAACUCAGACUCUAUAUUAACAGCUGUACAAUAGGGAUUUAGCAGUGUGUACAUAUACGAUCAAGCCAUUCUAGGAUUUACAACAAGCAUAGUAAGCCACACUUUGAUAUAGGUGCGUGUAAUGAAGGGUUAAACUGCUAUGCAUUAGGGGUCUGUUUCUAUUCCUGGACAAGGCUUGAAAAUAUGUUUGUCUAGCUUUUAAUGUUUCCAUUUGGAAGGAUAAUGAUUUUAAGUCUGUUUUACAAAGUGUGUCCUGCAUUGACUACAUGCAACAUGCGUGUUGCAGUUUGACUGGUGGACUUUAGGUGAAAUAGUCUGCAAAACCUUAAUGGGCAAAUUGGCAACCUGUCAAACUGCUACUCCUGUUUUAGAUUAAGUUGACCAAGUUGGUAUGCUGACCAUUAGGCAUGGAGUUAGAUUUGAUUCUCAAUCUUUAAAUAAAACAAUAUUGCAAAGAUUUUAGAGUUUUUAGGGGUGUCUCAUUUAAAAAAGUAUGCAUUUAAAAAAAACAAAACUUUUAUAUAUUUCAAUUGUUAAAUAUUAAAGUAACUCUGCCAAAUGGAUAUGAACUAUAAUGGAGGAAAAGACAGCGGUUGUUUUGCAAAGCAUAAAAGCAUUGAGUGGUUAAUGAUUAUAUUUGUGUAAAUUGUUUAAUUAGCUAUUAAGUAAAAUGCAGUAAAAUUUAAUUGAAAACAUAAACAAUUCAAUCUUUUCAUGACUGUAAAUAGUCAGCCAGUGUGGAAUUAUGUUUUAAUGCUGUUUUGUUGUGUAGACACUAGAAUGGG